AUGUCAGCACAAGAAACAACAGAACAAGAUAUCUCCGGGGGGCAAAGCUACGAAGAAGAGCACGUCCACGCCGUCUACGAACAAAUCGCCUCUCACUUCUCCUCGACCCGCUACAAGCCAUGGCCCAUCAUCGAGCGUUUUCUCCAGACUCGCAAAGCAGGCUCCGUGGGCUUGGACAUUGGCUGCGGAAAUGGCAAAUACCUCGCCGUGAAUCCCGACAUUUUCAUUGUAGGCUCUGAUCGGUCUUCCAGAUCCCCCAACCUCAUCUCCAUAGCCUCCUCCUCCACCACCUCCUCCUCUCGCCACCACCAACCGCAUUCAGUCUGCAUAGCAGACAUCCUCGACCUCCCCCACCCCUCGCAAACCUUUGAUUUCGCCAUCAGUAUCGCCGUAGUGCAUCACCUCUCGACAUCGGCAAGGCGCAUCGAAGCCCUCCGCGCCAUUCUCGACACGCUCAAGCCGAGCGGGGGAAAAGCAUUAAUUUAUUGCUGGGCAUUGGAGCAAGAGGGGAGUCGACGGGGGUGGCAUGAGGGUAUGGACCAGGAUGUCAUGGUGCCGUGGGUGAAGAAGACAAAAGGGGAGGCGGAUCGGACGUUUCAGCGGUAUUAUCAUUUGUAUAGACGGGGAGAAUUGGAAGCGGAUCUGAGUGCCGCCGGCGGACAUGUGCUAGAGGCUGGGUAUGAGAAGGACAAUUGGUGGGCCAUUGCGGAACGAAGGGCAUGA